AUGUUGGUCAACGGGGGGAAGAUAAGACCAUAUAAUGCCAAGGCAAUAAGGCUAUGGUUAGCUCGAACCAGGUAUUAUAGUGGGAAACAAAGCAAUGGAGAGCAUGAAGGUUACAUGGUCAGGCGACUGGCGGCUCUUGCUGAAGAAGCGAGACCACUCAAGGAUGAUCCGGCUGCUGGAAGACCGUAUAUCCCUGGAGACGACCAGCUUGGAAACAAGCAAGAUAAUCCCGAAGAAAGCUCUCGUAGGCAGAAGGAACUUAUCGACGAAAUCUAUGCUCGAGUAGAGGGCUCAAAAUUUAACUAUUUAAAUCAGGAUAAAAUUGCCUACACAAAGAUCCCUGCAGGUGCGCCCAAGCAAGCUAGAGAAAUUGCCGAGUCGAUUCCAUGGUCUGGAACUGAAAGUGUGCACGAUGCAAAUCUUAGAAUGCUUAUGGAUGUUCAUAAACCGCUCAAACCGGGCCUGGCUGGCAACGUUAAAGGUACACUGAGACCUCCAAAGUUCAAACCACCUCCAUCACGCUCGGAGAGGCUAUUCAAGGCUCGCGAAAGCUCGCUUGAUUAUACUUUAAACAAAGAAGCAGGAGACACUCCUAAAGGUGGCUCGAUGAAGGCAGAUAUUGAAGAAGAAUCGGGUCCGUCAUUUAAAGAGCUGUAUAAAGAACGGCUCCUGGGGCCUAGUGGAAUCCCAUCGGCAUUUGCUGCUAUAAAUUCCUUAGCUUCCCAGAGGAUAGAAGAUGCAAUAGCUCGUGGACAGUUUAGAGAUAUUCCAAGAGGCAAACCAUUGGAACAUGACCAUCAUACAUCCUCACCUUAUAUCGACACGACCGAGUAUUUCCUUAACAAAAUUAUCCAGCGGCAGGGAGCUGCUCCACCUUGGAUAGAAAAGCAGAUCAAGCUCAACAGUGGAAUUGAACAAUUUAGAAAUGCUUUAGUUGAUAGAUGGAGAAAAAAGGCCGUGUUGAUGGUUAUUCAGGAAGCUAACAUUUUAUUGUCUAGUGACGCACCAGCCACUUCUGCCGAAAUCGAAAGAGCUGUCAGGAUUGCCACUUCCUAUUCUAAUAUUGAAGCUGAUAGUAACUCUACUGGGGCCCGUGAUUUGAGGGACACCGAAUGGCUGAAGAGCGAACGUACCUAUCAUGAGCUAAUGAUCAAUGAUAUCAACAAUACCAUAAGAGGAUAUAAUCUACAGGCACCCGGAUCAGCAAGAAAAGGCUAUCUAGAGUUGGAGCAGGAACUUGACUUGUGCUUUAAGACAGUGGCAGAAACCCUUCCGUCAGCAGUAAAGCGAUAUUUAGUUCCGAAUGAAAGUAUGCCUGAUGACGCAGUUCCAAUAGGACUCUCUAAGGAUUCACUCCAUAAGCAGUCUCACCUGUAUGUGGAAGAUCCCAACAAUCAUUACGGACUCUCACAUUUGUUCAAGGAUGUUGUUAAAAGAGUUUGGAGUAAAAAAUAA